AUGUCUUAUGCACUCUCUGUAAAGGGAAGGUGCUCUACUUGCGGGGGUGCUGGGUACAAGGAAACCUUGGUACAAGUAGGGCCGGGCAUGGUCACCCAGGCUAUGGCGGAAUGGAAACAAGUCACGGAAGAGCGCAAGCUUCUCGAGGUCUAUAUUCCACGUGGCGCGAAACAAGGUGACAAGAUCAUAUUGGAGGGAGAGGGAGACCAGCUGCCAAACACAGAGCCAGGAGAUAUUAUAUUCCAUUUAGAGGAAAUAGAGCAUGAAACAUUCCGACGAGCCGGUGCGGAUCUGGUGGCCGAUAUCGAAGUCACGUUAGCUGAGGCGCUCUGCGGUUUCUCCCGUGUAGUGCUGAAACACCUCGACGGAAGAGGCAUCGAGAUCACACACCCUAAAACAGAAGGUUCUGUUCUGAGACCUAACCAAAUCCUCAAAGUUGCAGGAGAGGGCAUGCCUUUCAAGAAAAGUGAUGCGAGAGGCGAUCUGUACUUGGCUGUCCAAAUCAAGUUCCCGGAUGAUGGGUGGGCUUCAGAUCCCACUACUCUUACGAAGCUACGUGAGAUCCUUCCUAGACCGGGCCCUACCAUCAAGGCCGAAACGGUAGAUGAUGUCGAGUACGAUCCGAAGGCGAGCCUCGGGGAGUUCGGAUCCAAAGACACCCAAGGAAACUCAGCUUGGGAGGAUGAAGAUGAAGAGGAAGGUGGACAAACACAAUGUACGACACAGUAA